AUGCCAGAUGGGUAUACAGUAAAAGGCAAAGUGUGGAAGCUCCUGCGAGCACUCUACGGAGGUGACAUCAAAAUCGUAAUUGAUCGUGGAGGUACAUUUACUGACAUCUGGGCCAGUCUCCCUGGGCAGUUAGACAUUAUCCUCAAACUGCUUUCAGUAGACCCAUCCAAUUACCAAGAUGCACCACCCGAAGGCAUUCGACGAAUCCUGUCACACUUUUACAGCAAGGAGCUCCCCUGUGGAAGCCUUCUACCUAAAAGAGACAUCGAGUUUAUUCGGAUGGACACUACUGUCCCCACAAAUGCCUUUCUUGAACGUAAGGGUACGAAACACGCGUUCCUUGUAACUAAAGGAUUUCAGGAUCUGUUGAAGAUUGGAUAUCAAUCUAGGCUGAGACUGUUCGAUCUUAAUAUCGUGAAGCCGGAUGUACUGUAUAGUGAGAUGCAUGAAAUUGAGACUAGAAUAACUAUUGAGGGGUUCGACAAGGACCUGGACGGGCUUUUCGACUCCAAAGAGGAAAUCCCUGGAUUCCUUCUUCGUGGCACAAGGGGAUAA